GUGCCCCAUAUCUCCAACUCGCUUACUAGUCUCGCGUCCCCUAUUUGAAAUACCGCUUUUGGUCUAAGCCCUUUCCAGCCUAGACUGCGGGCUCUAACGGCGAUAAAGUCGAUCACUGACGUUAAGCUCUAUCGCGGGGUCUGUUGCAUAAAUAAGAACCCCUCCAUCCUCUCUUUUUCCUUCGACAACAGCAACAAUCAAUCAAUCCAUUCAAUUCAAUUCAUUACCACACAAAUCAAUCAAAAUGGUCGCAUCAGGAGACAGCAUUCCCAGCGUGGAUCUCUUCGAGAAGGAGCCCGGUAACAAGGUGAACCUCGCACAAGAAUUCGGCUCCGGAAACGGACUUAUCAUCGGGGUUCCCGCUGCGUUUAGCCCUACUUGCUCUGAUUCGCAUAUCCCGGGGUACAUUGAGCAUGCCAAGACCAAGGGCGCAGGAAAGGUGUUCGUUGUCGCUGUGAACGAUGCUUUUGUCAUGAAUGCAUGGGGCAAGCAACUCGAUAAAGAAGGUGCCUCUGGUAUCCGUUUCCUCGCCGAUCCCUCGGGCGCGUUCACUCGCGCCCUUGAUAUGGAGUUCGAGUCUGCGGGCCUGCUUGGGAAUAACAGGAGCAAGCGAUAUGCUAUUGUGGUUGAGGGGGGCAAGAUUAAGAGUGUGCAUGCUGAGCCAGAUGCUGUUGGGCUGAGUGUUUCGGCGGCUGAUAAGGUUCUUGGUUAAGUGAUGGGCUUGGGAUAUAGAAUUUAGAGAGGGAUAUAGAAUAAUGGAAUCUUGGAUACAUUCAUGGAUGGCAUCACGGUCUUUCAUGUAGAGAAUCGGUGCCAGGUUAUCAAUUUCCUAAAGUCGUUAGUACCUCUUCGACUUGGCGG